CUGCUGGUGAGAAAAAACGUAGAUAUUUUUCUCCAACUCCAAGUUUGCAGGUUCGAAACUUCUUGUCGAGUGCUGAUGUUGAUUCAGAUGAUUAUGAACUUGAUUUUGAAGCGGAUGAUGUUGAAAGUGUAGAUUAUGAGGGUUGCAUAUCGCCAAAGUAUAUUGAGCAUAUUCAAAUGUUGAAGCGAAACAAACUGGGCAUAUAUGCUUCUUCCAAACAACAUCCAAUCGAUCAAGGUUUUUAA